AUGAAUGUGAAUUCAAAUGAAACCGAUAGCAACGAUAAUUUAUCUAUUUCUUCACCUGUUAUGGCUGGAAAAACAAAGAUUGAUAUAGACCCAAAAAGUUGGCCAAGAAGAAAAAAAUAUUUGAUUUUAUUCAUCGUUGCUUUAGCCGGAAUGAUGGCUCCAAUGUCAAGCACAAUAAUUUAUCCGGCAAUUGCUGAAUUAGAAAAUGAUUUAAAUACUAGCGAAACACUUGCCAACGGAAUGAUUGGAGUUUUCAUUUUCUUUAUGGGAAUAGCGCCGUUAGCCUGGGCAUCCUAUUCUGACGCAUUUGAAACAAGACGUAACGUUUACUUGGCCUCGUUUAUUUUGUAUAUUGUUGGAAGUGUUAUGUGUGCCAUGUCAAAAAAUAUUUGGUUAUUGCUAACAAUGCGUGCAAUUCAAGCAUGUGGUGCUUCUUCAGUUCAAAGCAUAGGAGCUGGUUCUAUAAGUGAUAUUUUUCACGUUUUUGGACCGUUAAUCGGACCGGUCAUCGGGCCAGUGUUUGGAGGUUAUUUAGCGGAUUCUUUCGGAUGGAGAUGGAUCUUUUGGUUUCUUACAAUUCUUGGAGGUGUUAUAAUCGUUUUGAUUUUCUUUUUGCUUCCCGAAACAUUUGCACGUCAACCACAAUCGCAAAAUCUUCCAACCCCUACAACUUCCACUCUACCACGUCGAAGAAAAUUUAAUCCAUUAUUGCCAUUAACUUUACUUAAAUAUCCUAAUAUAACACUUUCAAAACAAUAUAAUCUUUCAACAUCAUACAUUGGUCUAGCAUUUCUUGCUCCUGGUGCAGGAUAUUUGAUUGGAAGCUUAAUAGGAGGGAGAUGGACAGAUUUUGUUUUAGCUAAAGCUAAAAGAAAAAAUAAUGAUAUUUCUUAUCCUGAAAUGAGAAUUCAUAGCGUUUGGUUUAGUACUUUUUUUCUUACAAUUUCUUAUACAGCUUACGGAUGGUUUGUUCAAGCCAAUUUACAUAUCGCUUUUCCUCUUAUCUCUCUUUUUAUCGGAGGUAUUACUGUUUUAAUUAUAUUUAGUUCAACUGCUACAUAUUUAGUUGAUGCAUUUCCAGGUAAAAGUGCAUCAGCAAUUGCAGUAAAUAAUUGUAUUAGGUCAAUUGCAGCUGCGAUAAUGUCUUUUGUUGCUGUACCGUUCGAACAUGCUGUUGGUAAUGGUUGGGUCUUUACCAUUAUGGUUGGUCUUAAUAUUAUUGGAAUAUUUUGCUUAAUUGCCGUUUGUUAUAAAGGAAAAUACUGGAGGGAAAAAAUUCAAUCUGAGAGCACCAAUUUAUCAGCAUCAUAA